UAUAAACAUGAGUUCAACUAUUGGAUUGUAAACAAGACCUUACUGUAUGAAAUAUUCGUGAACUUUUCAAGUGAAGAGAUCUGUGAGCCAGUAUAAGGUGGACUCUACAGAGGAGAAAAGAACAUGUCCAUCUUUCGUGCUGUAUUUAUAAUAGUAAUAUGCACGAUAAAGUUAUCAGACGAAUAUCGAAUAGACACUCUUCACAAUGAUCUCAUUGCAACCGAGAGGUUCUUUCAAAAUCUAGCAAAUACAUAUGAAAUAAUGGCACUUGGUCAAGAAGAGUUGAAAGAAAUUGAUGUUAAAAUUGCAAAGUUUACCAAGACAGUGAAGAGCCCAAUAGAUCAUCGCCAUAAAAGACAACUUAAUGAGCAUACACAGCAUGCUGAUGGAUUCCGAAUCUUGCAAGGAUUUUCUGAAGUACUUACAGAUUCCUUUCCAAAUGCAUUGGCAAUCACUAUAUUCACUUAUGAUAAUGGCAUUAAGAUCCAAUGGCUCGCAGCAGCACUUGAUGUUUCUAAAGUAUCCUUGUUCCUUUACAAUGUAAGUUUUUACUUGAUUCAUUCAUUAACAUCCAAUGCAUUCACCACAAUAACUCGCCAUUCCACGUUCCAGGGAAAUCAAUUCGAGGUGAUAAAUACAUAUCCAGUGCCAGGUGGCUUGCAAUUAAUUGCUGACUGUUCCCAGCAUGGAUGUCUAUUGGUAGUAGCCAACACUGAUAGUGUGAUGGUUCUGAGAUUGCAGUUUCAAGUCAACAAAUACGUUCUGCGCCCUGUCCAGUAUCUUAAAGGAUUUGUGGGAGAUGUACAUUUAUCAAUUUGGCAUGGAAUGAACCAAAUUUUUCUCGGGAUAGCUUCCAGUAACAAUAUAUCUAUUUAUCUUUGGCUUGGAGAAAACUUUGAUGAAAUACAAAUUCUGAAUUAUGUUACUGGCAAAUUGGUCCCAUUUAGAAUUGGUGGUUCUUUAUACCUAGCUAUUACUGGGCAUCGAACAACAGUUCUGAAAUUUGUUCUACAAACACAUGAAUUUAUUUUUGCCCAGCGACUACCACCUGCUCAUGACGUGGACAGUUUUUAUGUCGAAGCAGGGUACCAAAGAGAAUAUUACUUGGUCCUAUCGAAUAAUGAGUCAACCAUUAUAUACAAAUUUCUCCACGAUCAUUUUAUACCGUUUCAAAAGAUUGAAAGAGCAGAUCAAACAUCAUCCAUUCAGAUUGAAAAAACCAUAGUAUCAUUUGUAGUAAAGAAUAAUUUGCUUAAAAUUUAUCAAUAUAAUGGCUGGAAGUUUGUUGGACUUGGAGUAACCAUGCAAGAAGUGGAUGGAAUUUACCCCACGUUAUUGGAUAGUGAGAUAAUACUGAUUGUGAAACACACAAACGGAGCAUGGAAAUUCUACAAAUUAGAUUGGACCCAACUGAAUACUUUGGAUAUUCUGGAGGCUGAAAUAAAAACUUGGUCCAUUAAUACCUUAAAAAAAGCAAAAAAGCAGCUCACAAUGUUACCAGAGCUCGUUGGACAAGUAACGUUUUCGCAUGGAUAUAUUGGAAAACUUCAAGCAACACUUGUGAAUGAUAAAAAUGCGAAUGAAUUCAUAAAAUUGGCAAGUCGAUUCGAAAAAUUACGGAUGGAUUUAUCAAAAAGUAAAGAAAUCUUGUCUGAAUUGAUGAAAAAAGAAAAUCCGAAGUUCAUGACGCUUCACACAACUAGGUUUUUGGGAAAUUGUACAAGGAAUUGCAAAAUAAGUAACUUGAGUACCCCAAUAAAAAGUGGGCUGCUUGACAAAUUGGCAAAACCCAGUGCCACUGAUCAUAAGUUGGUUUUUGAAAGAGUCAAAGUUCAGACAAUAGAAACCUUACCAUGUCCUCAACCAGCAUUUACGCUAAAAGAUGUCACAGUCAGUGAUCGCAUUAAUGGGAUAACACUCGAAUCGCUUCAAGAAGACGUUUUAAGACUAACUGGAGACCAAGAAAUUACGUCGGAGCACUUUUAUGAGAACCUCUUUGCAUCCAGUACAUUGAUUCCUCUUGGUAUAGCAACAGGAUCUACUCAGCAAGAACUCCAUGCCCACUCCAUGAAAGCUGAUAACUUGUACUUAACACAAGGUGGAAUCUUAUUGCCACUUAAUGGUGAACCUGUUAUCAUAAACGAUACAAAGACUGCUGCUAAAGUCAAAGUUACUGGUACGUUGCAUACACAAGGCAGAUUGGACGGUAAUGGAAUAGGACAUUUCGCACCAAUCACUUGGGUAGAUAAAACUCUGGAACUAAGGGGUGAUUUCUCACUACAAAAGACAACUGUUCAGAAUCAAACAUCCACAUCAGAUUUAAUAGUGGGAAAAGAAAAAUCCUUAAUCAGAAUCAUAAAUGAGGCUGUACAUCUCACAGAUGAUGUGCCAGUACACUUAAAAAUAUCAAGAGUCAAGACGACUUGGACUAACAUUACUGCAGACAUGACUAGGAAUUGGAUAACUGUGCCUACCGGUAUAUCAUCGUUUCAGAGUGUAAAAAAUAUCACUGGUACUAAACACAGUCAAAAUGAUCUUAUUCUUACAAAGUCCUCAUACGAAGCCUUGCCCAUCCCAAAUUUUGGUGGUUCAUUAUGUGCAUCGACAGCAAAUAUUGCCGAUGUCGAAACUUUAGUUGUAUUAAUUAAUCGAGCUACAGCCGCAAAUUUAUCAACAAAAUAUAUUCGUGGAGCCCCCAAGUUGAAUGCUACAAUUACUGACACAGCAACAACGACUAGCCACCUAAAUCUUUCUUCGAAAAUUUUCAAAGGAGCUGUUAAUAUUGAAAAAGGAUUUCUCAGUGAUAUAGAUCAUGUUGAUUUUAGGAGACUAUUGGCUGCUAUGAUUGCUUGGCGUCGACCAGGCAUAGUUGAUGGAUUAGUAAAUGCAUCAAAUUUGUCGAUUAAACGUCUUGUGGCACCCAAUGGAUUUGUGCCGCCUAUGAUCACCAAAGCUCAGAACCUUAUUUCAACAGGCAAUAUAUACUUUGAUAGCUUGAAUACAGUUAAUUUUGCCAACUUCAAACAAAAAAUUGUGAAGCUUAAUGAAACAAUAUCACUGACAAACGUUACAUUUCUGAACAGAAUUCAGGCAAAUAGAAUACAAACUUUGCUUUCUCCCAUUGAUUUGUCAGGAUCUAACAACUUGGGUGAAAAACUCAUUAUUGGAAAUUUAAAAUCAACUAAUUUAAAGCUAUCUUACUCAUUCGCUUAUCCAUCUUCCAAAAGAUUUACGACCUUAAGUAUAAAAGGAUCAGCUUUAUUUGCAGUUGAACCGAAAGUGGAAAAUAUAAAUCAAAUCAAUGUGAACCGAGUAUUUGACGAAAUUUGGUUUACCGAUCUGCCCUCGGUUCUUACGAAUAGACUUUUUGUUAUCAGACAUAUAGUACUCGAAGGGCCAGUAAAAAUAUUGGGUUGGCUGAAUUCACAAAACUAUGGGCCCUGGAAUCAAACGUCGGGACACUUACUGAGCCGCACCAAGCCGCAAGUAUUGAAAACUUAUGUAUAUUUGAGAGUCACAACCGCUCCAAAUAUCAUCACUACAGAUGUACUAAAACUCUGGGCCCCUGAAACAUUUUUGAGUGGGUUGGCUGAAAACACAUUGAAAAAAGACAGCCCUCAAAACUUUACGUCUAACAUGCGCUUUCAGAAGAUAAUAAUAUCAGAUGAUUUGAACACCCAUGGGACGAUCAAUGGCUAUGACCUUGCAACGGAUAUUGUGAGGUCAGACAUGAAAGAAAAUAUUAUCACGGGAAAGAAAAUUGUCUUUUCAUUACAUGCCGAAAAUGUCGAAAGUGGCUUGAAUUUUAACGAAUGGCAGAGUCAUGCUAUGAGUUCAAUAAAUAUUGGAAAACCAACUAUCGUCACAGGAUUUAAGAACUUUGCAAAUUUAACGUUUCUAAAACCUCUGAGUGUGGGAGGAUUGGUCAAUAAUCGCAAGAUGCAGGGCUACUUUUUAAAAUCUUUCCCUCAAUCUGUCACUGGAAUGAAAACAAUUUAUGGGACUAUGAAUGUCUCAAAAAUUAUCAUAAAGAAUCGCAUAAACGAUGUCGAUUUAACAGCAUUGGUGCAACAUCAGUUAAAAAAAAAUGAGGAAAUGCAAACUAUAAGCACUUCUGUCUCGACAACGGGUCGAAUCAAAAUUUUAGGAAAUCUCGAGGUAAAAGGCCUCUAUAACGGAGUAGAAUUGAAAGACUUGGACAAGAUUAAUUCGAAUCUCGAUUUAGUUAGCGGCAGAAUGGCGGAACUGGAGCUUGUCGCUGAACAAAUUCAAACAUCAUUAUCACGAAAAGCCUGGUACUGGAACAAACUGGAAUUGAUCGCAGUAAAUUCUACCUUUACAAUUCCUGAACCAGUGAGGUACAACACAAUAGAAUUUCAAGGCUUAGGAAAGUGUGAGAUGAAAAACAAGGAUCUAACAUGCGAUGAAGAAUUAGUUAAACUUUUGAUUUUCACUCCCAACUCGAGCAAAUUAUUAUUCAGUCAAGUCUUUGAACUAGCAGGCAAUCAACUAAUUGUUGUAGCGACUUCAGAUCCUAAUGGUGGUAUACGGAUAUACAAUUACGAACAAACAAGCAAAAAAUCCCACAAAGUAGCAGAUAUAAAUCUGCCAGGGUCUACACAGGCGUCAGGCAUUGUAGCAGAAGGUUCAUUGUGGCUGGUGGUGCAGUUAACUUGGGAUACCAUAAUCUUUCGUUAUGAGUCUUGGGAUCAAUUUGAGGAAUACACAUUGCCUGGUUCAAAAGCAUUUUUGUUGGAAUCAUUGCCUACAGGUGAAUUUUUAAUUUUCCGAUCAGACGGCGUUUGGAGAUUAGGAGGUCUAUCUGGUCCUCGGCAAUUAGCCAAAGUUCAAUUAGAUGGUGUAAUGAGCUCAUACACAGCCGAAAAUGAUCACUAUUUGCAACUUUCAAUGAAUAAUCAUACAAAGUUAUUAAGAACGCGUUAUAUAGGUAACUGAUCUCGUUAUCACGAUUAUUCGAAAAUCAAGUGUUAUAUUUACCUAGCGAGGUAUUUGAGAACACAUUAUUUGUUAAUAAUUUGUUUAAUUGGAGUUUAUUUAUUAAAAAUUAUCUAGUUGUUAUUAAUUGUUCGGGCGAACGUAAUAACUUACGUAUUACCAAAUCUUUCGGGCUUACCGUCAACUUUAUUGUAAAAAAAUAAAAUAUAAUUCUGAAACACAUA